AGCGGAAGAUUUCAAAGCUGUGAACUUUCCGACCAAAAGUGUUUUGUCUUGCUCCACCGUCGCCGCUAAACCCUGAAGCUAACCUUAAACCCUUGUUGAGCUCUCCUGCUUUAGCUGAGGGAAGAAUGAAGUACACGAAAGGUGGAAGCAUCAAGAGAGGCGGUAAAAAGGGUUCGAAUGACAGGGAUCCAUUCUUCGAGCAAGAGACGAAGAAACGCAGGAAAGUCGGUUACGAUGACGAAGACAUCGAGUCUAUUGAAUCCGACGCCGAAGAGAACGGCUUUGCGGAAGAUAAGAGAGAAGCUAAUGAACCUGAGGAUGAAGAUGAGUUUGCCGAUGAGACGGCGGGAGAAAAACGGAAGAGACUAGCGGAAGCGUUGCUGAAACGAACCAGGGAAGCAAGGCAGAGAGAGCGUGAAGAACGUGAUGAUGAUGAAGACGAUGAUGAGGAAGAUGAUGAUAUUGUCAAGACUUUGAUGAAGAAACAGCAGGAGGACAGUGGUAGGGUGCGAAGAGCCAUUGCAUCGAGGGUUCAGGAGCCACUUAGCAGCGAUGGGUUUAGUGUUAUAGUCAAGCACAGGCAUUCUGUUGUGUCGGUUGCUCUGUCUGAUGACGACGCUAGAGGCUUCUCAGCUUCGAAAGACGGUACUAUCCUCCACUGGGACGUCUCCUCUGGGGAAAAGGAGAUAUACAAAUGGCCAAGCGAUGAGACUCUCAAGUCUCAUGGGAUGAAAGUGAGGGAGCCUCGGAAUAAGAAACACAGCAGGGCGACUCUUGCUUUAGCUGUUAGCUCGGACGGUCGUUACUUGGCUACUGGAGGAGUUGAUCGUCAUAUUCAUAUAUGGGACGUGCGGACCAGAGAACAUGUCCAGGCCUUUCCAGGUCACAGGAAUACAGUUUCGUGUCUAUGUUUCAGAAACGGGUCUACGGAGCUCUAUUCCGGUUCGUUUGAUCGUAGUGUCAAGGCGUGGAAUGUAGAAGAUAAAGCUUUUGUACAGGACAGUUUUGGACACCAGGAUGAUGUCCUAGCCAUCGAUGCGCUAAGGAAGGAGCGUGCAAUUUCGGUUGGAAGAGACAGGACCAUGCAAUUACACAAGAUGCCUGAGCAAGCUCGUAUGAUGUACCGUGCACCUGCAUCGUCUCUUGAGAGCUGCUGUUUCAUCAGCGAUACUGAGUACCUGUCUGGUUCGGAUAACGGAACUGUUGCUCUCUGGGGCAUGUUGAAAAAGAAACCGAUAUUUCUCCUUAAAAAUGAACAUUCCCUUGUAGCUGAUGGAAUCACCACUAAUGAAAAUGGUGAUCAUAAUAAUGUGGAGUAUAAUAACUCAUGCACAGCAAGUUCUUGGGUCAGUUCGGUUGCUGUUUGUAGAGGUAGUGAUCUUGCUGCAUCUGGAGCUGGUAAUGGUUUUGUGCAUUUGAUGGCUGUUGAAGCAACUGCCCUUCGACCUUUAUUCAAGCUUUCUCUGUCUGGAUAUGUGAAUUCUAUGGCUUUUGCAAAAUCCGGCAAGUUUCUGAUCGCCGGUGUUGGACAGGAAACGAGAUUUGGAAGAUGGGGAUGCAUAAAGUCUGCGCAGAACGGCGUCGCUAUACAUCCCUUGAGGCUGUCAUAAGAAUUUCGGGAGGGUUGUUACUUACAUUUUUUACUUGCUACAAGCGGUUGGUCUAAUCUUGAAGUUAUGUAAAGACCUAUAAGUCUUUUAAGCUCUCCCUUCUUGUUUGUUUUGUUUUGUUUUGUUGUACCCAUUGCUCUUUAUACAAUAGAGAGAAUUUUUUACGUU